CUAGCGCGCUCAGUCGAAAAUCGUUGCUAAUCGAAGCCAAAAGGCUCUAGUAAAAUUAAGAAAUCAACUAAAAAUUUUAUUGCGAAAUUUUUAUUAUUACGAACGAAAAAUAAUAAGCAUAAUAUACCACAUAGAUACAGAUACAAAUAGUCGCGGUUAAAGCUCAAUUUGUUGCCAUCCAAAAGAAACAAAAAGGAUUACGAUAUAUCAAUAAAUAUUCAUACACAAUCAUUAGAAAAAGCAAAAAUAUAACAGAAUGCCACUGCAAGUGAUUGAAUCCCCAAAAUGCCCGCGUUGCAGCAAGAGUGUAUACGCCGCCGAGGAGCGUCUCGCCGGCGGUUAUUCAUUCCACAAGAAUUGCUUCAGGUGCUCCAUGUGCAACAAAUCCUUGGACUCCACCAACUGCACCGAGCACGAACGUGAGCUGUACUGCAAGGUCUGCCAUGGCCGCAAAUACGGACCCAAGGGCUACGGCUUUGGCACCGGCGCCGGCACACUCUCCAUGGACAACGGUGCACAGUUCCAGAACGGUGGCGAGGCUGUAAGGAAUGGAGCUCGCAUGGAGCCACGUGCCAUUGCCCGGGCACCCGAUGGCGAGGGUUGUCCUCGUUGCGGUGGCUUCGUCUAUGCCGCCGAACAGAUGUUGGCCCGUGGUCGCAGCUGGCACAAGGAGUGCUUCAAGUGCGGCACCUGCAAGAAGGGUCUCGACUCGAUACUGUGCUGCGAGGCACCCGACAAGAACAUCUACUGCAAGGGCUGCUAUGCCAAGCAGUUCGGACCCAAGGGUUAUGGCUACGGUCAGGGCGGUGGCGCUCUGCAAUCCGAUUGCUAUGCCAACGAUGAGGGUGCUCCGCAAAUGCGCGCGGCCAUCGAGGUCGAUAGGAUUCGUGCUCGUCCCGGUGAGGGUUGCCCCCGUUGCGGUGGCGCUGUAUUCGCUGCCGAGCAGAAGCUGUCGAAGGGUCGCGAGUGGCACAAGAAGUGCUUCAAUUGCAAAGACUGCCACAAGACGCUCGACUCGAUCAAUGCCAGCGAUGGUCCCGAUGGCGAUGUCUACUGCCGCACUUGUUACGGCAAGAAGUGGGGACCUCAUGGCUAUGGCUUUGCCUGCGGCUCUGGUUUCCUGCAGACCGAUGGCCUGACCGAGGAUCAGAUCAGCGCCAGUCGUCCCUUCAUCAACCCGGACACCACCUCGAUCAAGGCUCCCGAGGGUGAGGGUUGCCCCCGUUGCGGUGGCGCUGUGUUUGCUGCCGAACAGCAGCUGUCCAAGGGCAAGAUGUGGCACAAGAAGUGCUACAACUGCACUGAUUGCCACCGCCCGCUGGACUCGGUGCUGGCCUGCGAUGGCCCCGAUGGCGACAUCUACUGCAAGGCCUGCUACGGCAAGCGCUAUGGACCCAAGGGCUUUGGCUACGGCCAUGCCCCCACAUUGGUCUCCACCAGCGGUGAAUCGACCAUUCAAUUCCCCGACGGUCGUCCACUGAACGGACAGCGCACUUCGGGCGGUUGCCCUCGCUGUGGUUUCGCCGUCUUUGCCGCCGAACAGAUGAUCAGCAAGAGCCGCAUCUGGCACAAGCGUUGCUUCUACUGCUCCGAUUGCCGCAAGUCUCUGGACUCGACGAAUCUCAACGAUGGACCCGAUGGCGAUAUCUAUUGCAGAUCCUGCUAUAGCCGCAAUUUCGGACCUAAGGGUGUGGGCUACGGAUUGGGCGCGGGCGCUUUGACAACGUUCUAAAAUGCGAAUGCAACGAAUGCAGCAGCAACAAUGCGAAUUUAAUUUAAUUAAAUUUAUCAAUAAUAUCCGUAAUGAAGAGAAAGCAACAGUAGCAAUUGUUCCAAUACAUUUUGUUAAAAUCUAUCCCAGAAACUAAUCUAUCUUAUUCACAACACUAGCUAACUUAGUAGUCUUCGGUUUCGGUUUUUCCAACGAUUUUUUGAUGAACGAAAUGUCUUAGGUUAUGUGAGAUAAUAAGCUUUAUGAACAAAAAAAAACAACUACAAAAAUCCAACAAAAAGAACAAAAAAAUAAAAGAAAAUUUUCAAAAACCUAAAAAAAAACAAACAAACAACAUUAAUGACGUUCAGAACUUACGAAAACAAAUUAAUACGAAUCUUAACUUAUCGAACGCUUUAACUUUAACUAACGAAUCAAACUACCGACAAUGGCAAAGGCUAAAAAAACAAAAAGAAAAAACCCCCAACAAAAAAAAGAAAGAAAGAAAGUAAUACAGGCUAACAUUGGGUACAGUUGUGCAGCGUAAGCUAAAGUUGUUAUCGAUUGGCGCCAAACUGCAAACUGUACCUGGUAGAGAGAGACUAUCAGAUAACACAAAAAGAAAGGAAGCGAGAGCGAGCGAACUGCAGUUUCGACUUCGAUUUCGAUAAAAAACCAAAAAUCAAUGUGUAAUAUGCUCCAAUAUCAAACCAAACGAGCUAUUGCUCAAUUGAAUAUGUUUAUAUGAUUAUGAUAAAUGAUAAUAUAUAUAUAUUGAUGAUGAUGUUGAAGAUGAAGAUGAUGAUAUAUGUAUGUAUAUUUAGCUUAUUUAGUUUUUUUUUUGUAUCUUAUAAGUACUUUCGAAUUCUUGCAAAUAUUCGUUUAAUUUCUUUUCUAAUUCAUGAGCAAAUUCAUUCACGCUCUAUAUACAACACACAUAACAUCCAAUAAUAUAUAUGCCCCAGUGGGUUCCAUGAAAAAAACAACAACAACAACUGCACAAUUUU